AUGUCAUUUACGACUGCAACUAUUCAUAAAUCAUGGUUACAACGUGUCUUAAAAGCUCGUCAUGGAAAAAGAGAACUCUCGAGAUCCAAAGAAGUAAAGUUUUUGGCCCAACCUCGUGCAACAGCUUUAGAGGCACAAAAUCGUAUUAGAGCUUGUUGUUUCCGUUCUCGAUACUUUCCUGGUGGCCAUGAUGUUCUUGUAAAUAAAGAGUAGUGGAUUUGAAGAUUUUAACUUUAUUUAAGAUACUGGAACAAUUACAUUAGGAACAACUUACGGGUUGCAUACCCGCGAGUUAUAAGGUUUUACGAAAUACCUCACGAGAUCGUUAAAGCACAUUACCUUUUGUCUGAAAAUCAUUUUCUAUAGAUAAACAUGCGACAAGCCUGCCCAAUCUCUCUGUUUUGAGGAAAAUUUUGUCCGUUCUGAGAUUUUUGGAACAGGGUACAAAAUCCCCCAAAGGUUUGGAAAACUACCAAUCGCCAUUGAUCUUUUCGAGAUAACCCCGAAAUCGAGAGAUUGGGUAGUCUCAAAAUUAAAUUCUCCCAUGUUCUGACAGUUGAUAUUUUAAAGUGACAUCUCUAGUUCAGUUUUCGUCCUCAGAAC